AUGGACGAGCUGCGGCGGGAGCAGCACCGCAUCGCCGGCCACCCCUACGCCUUCGAGGUGGGGUCCUUCUUCCUGCGCGGCUACUACAGCGUCCUCGCCAACACCCCGGAGCUGGCCAGGCAGUUCUACACGGCCGGGAGCACCGUCGUCAGGCUCGACUGCCAGACCCUCGACUCCGCCUUUGGGGAGACGGUCGAGGAAAUCAAUGAUAUAUUGAUGUGCAUGAAUGUUCACAAGGUUGAGGUUAGAACGGCUAAUUUCUUGGAGUCAUGGGGUGGAUCCAUCUCUGGGUUGGUCACUGGUCUAGUGCAACUCAAGGGCUACCCUUCACGCAAGAGAUUCUCCCAGAGUUUCGUUCUUGCUCCUCAGGUCGAACCAGAUGGAUUUUUUGUGUACAGUGACAUCUUUAAGUUCAUCUGUGAUGAGUACGAUACUCAUUACCAAGUUGCUGAUUACGGUUUUGCUGACAGUAUACCCCAUAUGGCUGCUCCUAAUACCUUGACUGAAACAGCAUCUGAUUAUGUGGCUGAAGAACUUGAAGCAAAUGGGUUUGAAGCUCCUGUUGAUGUUGAGGAAAGGGAGAGUGGUAUUAUAUAUGAGAACUAUGAAAUGCAGCAGCAAGAUCCUUUGGAGUAUGAGGCUCCAAUCAACGAAGAAACUCAUAUUGAAUAUCCUACUCCCUCUUUCCCCAGUACAGCAGACAUUAAACAGGAUGCAUCUCUUGCUCCUCCCCACUCUCCUUCCCCACCUGCCCCUGAAGAAGAACCUGUGGGAGAACCACCUAAGCAAACAUAUGCUUCAGUGCUGCGAACAAAAGGACCCGCUGGCCAUCAGGUUAUCCACUCCAAUCCUGUCAACAAGGCUAUGGUGGGGACUGCAGAGUCACAGCUAGUUCGACAGGCAGUGCAAGAGAAAUCCAACUUGGACACUCGUCGGGAUGCCAGUGUCCCCGAGGAUGAAGAAGAGUUCCUAUCGGUGUAUGUUGGUAAUCUUUCUCCGGCGACUUCAGUCUUUGAUCUUGAAAAGGCCUUUCAGGCUUUUGGAAGAAUUAAACCCGAUGGAGUUGCUAUACGGAGUCGCAAGGAGGCUGGAGUUUUCUUUGGCUUUGUUGAGUAUGAAAGCAUGAGGGGCAUCCAGAAUGCGUUGGAGGCAUCUCCAAUUGAGCUGAAUGGGCGUCAAGUAUUUGUUGAGGAGAGGAGGCCUAGCAGUAUAAUCUUCCGUGGUGGCGGAAGACGAGGACGGGGAAGAACUUCAGAUUUCUCAAGGGGUCAAUAUGGUGGGCGCUAUGAAACGGAUUACUCUACUCGGUCAAAGGGAAAUGGGUACCAAAGGAGGGGUGGACGUCAAUAUGACGAUUACGAGUAGUUUCACAUUUUCUCUGCUGGCGAAUGGUCGUAUCCUAUUUGGUGCUCUCUACCUGGUGCGGCCCUGGCCACAAUUUUGUCACAACAAAGGGCGGUUAUCUGGGGAAACUUUGAGUAUCGCUUAGCCGUUAUUUCAUGCCUCGUCUCUAGAUGGGAGUUAUAUAUCAAUUGCUGCAUGAUAGUAAUUUCUGCUGCAUAUCUGGUAUGAAUGAAACCUGAGCUGCUGCCGAGACAUGAAAAAGAAGGGUCAGUGUUAUCAUUUGA